AUGGGCCCGGAGGUAGGAAGGCGAAUUGAAGAUGACGUGUCUCACACUUCUCCUUGGUUGGUCCUUGUAGAUGUGGACCCAGAAAAACAAGGAGAUAUGCCCAGCCCUGAGCAGACUACACAGGGCUAUUUUGACAUGCCAGAAGCUCUCAAAACCACUGAUAUUCAGAGCCUCGUGUCAAGCACCACCAGAAGAUCCCAGAAGCCUCUCCCCACAAAAGAAGAGGACCAGGAGUUGGAGAGAAAAAUAUUGGGAUUGAAGACCUCAGUGGCUGAAGGCAAGAGGAAGACAGCCCUGGAAAUGGUUCAGGCAGCUGGAACAGAGAGACACUAUGACAUUUGUAUGCACGAGGGGGAUGAUACUCUAGGAAAUUCUCUUGGUUACAUGAUCAUGAAGAAUUUGGAAGUGGAAUUUUGGGAUUACACUACAACCCAUCCUUCAGACAGAAAAAUUAAUUUAUACAUUCAGAUUCGAGGUGCUCUUCCAGCUGUUGAGCCAUUCAGAGGCCUGAGUGAGCUCAGGAAUAUCUGCCGAAAUGUGCCAGACAAAUGUGAGGCCAGCAUAAAUGAAUAUAAAGAUCAAAAAGCAAGCAGAAAUGAAUCCACAUUCUAG